GCACUUGUCACUUCUGACACCAGUGUGAAUGUAAAUAAAUACUACUUUGACCUAAACUAAAAAUUGCUAAAUCUCUAUUAACAUUAAUUUAGCUUGAAUGAGUCCAAUGUUUCUGUGAGCAGAACAUCUUUGUCAAUACAACGGUCUACGAGGGACUCUUUAUUUGCUCAUUUUGGGACACCCAGUUUAUCAGAAAAGUUCGUAUAUAAAACCGGUUGGCUGUUUACCUCACUGCAGUGCUUGCUAUUUCCUGCAGAAUCAAUCCGUCUGCUGUAUCUCGUUAUACCGCAUUGUGUCGUGGCAGUGAAGUUUUUGGAGAAAGUUCAGGGUUUUCGUGUGAGUAUUUCCAUUUCCCACAAAAAAUGGAGCGCCGAGCAGAGAAUGUGUUCAAAAAGCAGAAAACCGGCAUACAGGUAGCUACCAACGUUACUAAACAAGAUCACAUAGUGACUAGAGCGAACAGAGGACAGAUUCUGGGUCAUCUUCGUGGAUUUAGGGGCUGCACUGUAUGGUUUACUGGUUUGUCUGGCGCUGGCAAAACUGCAAUUUCCUUCGAGUUAGAGGACUAUCUAGUCUCCCAUGGCAUCCCAGCGUAUAGCCUGGAUGGCGACAAUAUGCGACAUGGCCUUAACAAAGAUCUUGGCUUCUCAAAAAAAGCUCGGGAAGAAAACAUUAGAAGAGUGGCUGAAGUAGCCAAAUUGUUUGCGGAUGCUGGCCAAAUUUGCCUCUGCAGUUUCGUCUCACCAUUUGCCGAGGACAGGGAUGUGGCACGAAGAAUUCACGGUGAAAGCGACUUACCAUUUUUUGAGGUAUUUGUCGACACUCCUCUAGAAGAAUGUGAGCGACGUGACCCCAAGGGGCUAUACAGAAAAGCCAAACAAGGCAUUAUUCAAGGAUUCACUGGCGUUGAUCAAGCGUACGAAACGCCAAAUAAUCCCGAAUUGGUUGUGAAAACAAUCGAGUAUACUCAGAACGGCAUCAGACAAUAUUCCAUAAAUGAAUCUACCUCGCAUGUUAUCGAGAUGCUCAGAGAAAAUGGCAUUAUUCCUCAUUUUCAACAAACCGACGACAGUAUUCCCGAAUUGUUCGUGCCCGUUUGCAGGCUGGAAACUGCAGAAAAGGAAGCUGCCAGUCUACCUAAGCUGGAUGUUUCCGUGGUAGAUUUACAGUGGCUACAGAUUCUGAGCGAAGGAUGGGCGGCUCCAUUAAAAGGUUUUAUGAGAGAGGACGAAUAUUUGCAAACUAUUCACUUUAAUUGCCAGUUUAACGAUGGAAAAACAGUCAAUCAAAGCGUUGCGAUAGUUUUGCCAGUAUCCACAUCGGAUAAAGAAAGGUUGCAGGACAGUUCGGCUUUUGCUUUGUAUUACAAGCAAAUUUGUUAUGCGAUUUUGCGAAAACCUGAGUUCUACUAUCACAGAAAGGAAGAGAGAGCCGCCAGGCAAUUUGGUACUACUAAUAAGGAUCAUCCUUACAUAAAAAUGAUAAUUGAAUCAGGCGAUUGGCUUGUAGGCGGAGAUUUGGAAGUACUGAAAAGAGUGCAGUGGGGCGAUGGACUAGACGAAUUUAGAUUGACUCCUAACGAACUUCGCCGAAAAUUUAAACAGAUAGGAGCUGAUGUGGUAUUUGCAUUUCAACUGCGAAAUCCUAUUCACAAUGGGCACGCUCUUCUUAUGACUGACACCCGAAGGCAGCUUCAAGAAAGAGGGUAUAAGAAGCCAGUUCUGUUACUACAUCCUUUAG